GACGUGUGCGCGUGCGGGCAAGAGGGUAAAGACACGCGAUUCUAACCCGUGGUAUCCCACACUUGGAAAACUCUGUUGCGAGACUGAAAAGCAUGCGCAAAUGAAAGGAAACCGAGGAGGACUUCUAGUCGAAGAGGAGCUGGGUCUGACUGAGCGGAAUUUAAGCAAAGUGGAGAAGGUGCAACAGAGUACAUUUAGAGCCAUAGCUGUGACACAUCCAGCUAAUGUUGAUGCUUUGCAUUUCACACUCUGCAGGCAAAGUGAUUGAGAGAGAAUACGGUUGAGCACCGGAAGGGGGGGCUUGAACUUUUGACACACAAAUGGAGCCCCUCUGCAGCUUGCCAGACUCUGCUUAAUGUUCUCCACAUUGGCUUAUGCGUGAGUUCAGCUGUCAGUGUGGAGGAUUGCUGCAGGCUGCAAGGCAACUGUGAGAAGUUCCUGGGAGUGCUGAGAAGUAGAGUGGGAGUCACUUGCGAGAAGGAGAAGGAGAGGACUCCAACCUUUUCACAUAAAGGAUAAAAAAGCAGACCUUCUUGAGCAGGAGGCAGCACCUCUGGGAUUGGAAGGAAGCCAGAGCUGGCAGGAUGGUUGUGGUGGCGUGGCUGUCUGCAGAGUGGGCCUGGCAAGCUGUUAUUCUGGUGGCUGGACUUGCAUCUCUGAGCUGUGGUUCUGACGCCAACCUUUUGGACACCAUGCUACUGAGGAGUGGACGGAGGGAGGAAUCGGACGGGCCAUUGGAGGAGAGCAGCAGCACUGCCACACUUUCAGCUAAGCGGUGCCACUGCUACCCUCAGUGCCCCGAUGGAUCCUUCAACAACACCUGCAUGACCAAUGGUUUCUGCUUCGCCAUGGUUACAAGAGAGGAGGGGGGUCAUGCUGUAUUCAGCACAGGUUGUUUGGCGCUGGCUGGCUCUGAGUUUCAGUGCAAAGAUACUUUGAGUACACGCUCCCAGAGAGCUCUCCAGUGUUGCGGCGAUCAUGACUACUGCAACAGAAAACUACAUCCAACGCUUCCUCCGCUAAUCACAUCAGAAUACGUAGACAGCAGCAUCCAGUACAUAGCCCUGUUCAUUUCAGUGGCAGUUUGCAGCAUCUUUUGUGUCGUUCUCGUCCUCUGCUAUUUCAGAUAUAAGCGACAGACAUCGCGGCCGCACUACAAUAUCGACCUGGAGCAGGAUGAGACAUACAUUCCUCCCGGGGAGACUCUGAAGGAUCUGAUAGAGCACUCCCGCAGUGCCGGCUCCGGGUCUGGAUCAGGACUCCCUCUGCUGGUUCAGCGGACCAUCGCCAAGCAGAUUCAGAUGGUUAAACAGAUCGGAAAAGGCCGAUAUGGAGAAGUGUGGAUGGGCAAAUGGAGAGGGGAGAGAGUGGCUGUCAAAGUCUUCUUCACAACUGAGGAGGAGAGCUGGUUCAGAGAAACAGAAAUUUAUCAGACCUUCCUGAUGAGGCAUGACAACAUACUGGGAUUCAUCGCAGCUGACAUUAAAGGAACCGGCUCGUGGACUCAGCUGUACCUGAUUACAGACUACCAUGAGAACGGAUCCCUGUACGACUACCUCAACUCCAACACCUUAGAUGUCAGCGCUCUGCUGAAACUGGCUUAUUCCUCCAUCUCAGGCCUUUGCCACCUGCACACAGAGAUCUACGGCACACAGGGCAAACCUGCUAUAGCACACCGAGACCUAAAGAGCAAAAACGUCCUGGUGAAAAAGAACGGCUUCUGCUGUAUUGCCGACCUUGGGCUUGCUGUCAAGUUUAACAGUGACACCAAUGAGGUAGACAUCCCUCCUAACCUACGAGUUGGGACCAAGCGCUACAUGCCACCUGAAGUGCUGGACGAGACCCUGAACAUGACCACCUUCCAGUCCUUCAUCAUGGCAGACAUGUACAGUUUUGGUCUCAUUCUUUGGGAAGUGGUGCGGCGAUGCACCUCUGGAGGUGUUGUUGAAGAACAUCAGCUGCCCUAUCAUGACCUCGUGCCCACUGACCCUUCGUAUGAAGACAUGAGGGAGGUGGUCUGCAUUAAGAAGCAAAGACCUUCGAUUGCAAAUCACUGGAGCAGCAAUGAGUGUCUACGGCAGAUGGGGAAACUGAUGUCAGAGUGCUGGGCUCACAACCCGGCUUGUCGCCUCACAGCCCUCCGGGUGAAGAAGACCCUUGCGAAGAUGUUAGAGUCCCAAGACAUCAAACUGUGACGGAGAAUCAGAGAGAUGCUUUCUUCUCACCUACAGACUUGUCACUGCCACUGGCACAGACCUCUUAAAAUGACCAAUCGAAGAAAGGGAAAAUAAAGAGACUGUGAAUGAUCGGACAAAAGACACUGGCAUGCAGGAUAGGCGAUAAUGGAGCCAAGAAGAAUGUCAAGAAAAAGAUUUAGCAGACGUCUGUCCUCAGAUUGUGCUUUCUGUGAAAGCGGAGUGUUUGCCCGGCCAAAGAGCGGCCCUGCAGGUUCCAGUGAGGAUGCCGCUGCAACCUCCUUCCUGAAGCCAUACAGCAGUAUUCUGAGCAGUCUUUUGUGCUGUCACAACUGCUCUUUAUGUGUUUGAGUGAUUUUUAUUUCCAUGAGUUUUGUGAGACUCGUUGCAUGUAGAGUUCACAUUCAACAUGAUGGUAGCUUCAGCCUAUAUAAUUCUAAGACAAGUGGCCUCAUAGUCAAACAAAUAUUGAAUAUAUAUAUUUUUUAUUGUGUAAUUUUGUUCCUCAUAAUGUAUUUUUUAAGUUUAUUUGUUUCAAAAUUAAACUAAG